AUGGCUGAGGAUGGACAAGUUGAAACAGUAGUUUCAGAUGGAGAAAAACCUGUUGUUGAAAAUGAAAAUGAAGCGAAAACUGAGGUUUGUGAAUUUUUCUGAAAUUGUUUUAAAAAUCAAAAUUGAAAAUUAUUUAGCCAGAAAUAGCGCCCGAGAUUGUGGAUUAUAUUAUUGUUCAAGAUCCGAAUAGUGAUGAAGUUAUCGAAUUGCCUACUUCUGAAGGGAAUGUUCUGAUAACCACGCUACAAUCUUCUUUUCCCGGAGCUACUGGGCUCAAAUUCAAGAAUCCGAAAACUGGAGCCAAUCGUGCUGUGCAGUAAUGUUUUUCUUUUCAAAAAAAAAAUUGAAUUAUCCUAAAAACACUUAUUUUCAGAGUCGAUCCAACUGGAAUCAAACUUCUCGCCCCUGCGGAUGGUUGGGAAAAUAAAACAUUUGCGGUUAUUGUUGCGCCAAGUUAGUUUUUUUCUAUUUCAAAAAAUCAUUUUCCCAACAAAACAAAAUUUGAAAAAUUGUUGUGUGCCCACUGUUAUUUGACUGGUGAGUGUGAGUUGAGUUGUAGGAGAUGUUUCGAGUGCGAAGAGACGAAAAGUGGGUUCGAGUGAAGAGUCGGAUUCUGAUGACGGUGGCGGCGGAAACGGAAGAGAUGCCUCAUCGGGAAGAUCGGGAAGAAAGCGUGCGUUACCACAAGACUAUGAUAAUCAUCCGUCGCGUGACACUCAUUCGUCGUCGGCUACAAAUGCCGAUUGCGGAGAAGUGCAACCGCCGGUUGAUUUGAUUGUUCUUGGAGUGGACUUCAAUACGAGUGACGAGAAAUUCAGAGAGUAUUUCGAGAAAUUGGGAAGUGUCGUGUUCUGCGAGGUUUGUUAGUUGUGUGUGUUUUGAUGAGAGGAUUCUAGAUCAAAUUUAACACUUACAAUUAAGCGUAGCAUUUUUUUCAGAUGUUAACUCUAAUAAUCUCACUAAUAUACAGAUUAAACGUAAGAAUGAUGGAAAUUCGAAAGGUUUUGGAUUUGUUCGAAUGGCUACUGUUGAAGAGCAAAGUAAAGUAAUAAGUAUUCCUCAACAUAUGAUCGAUGGUCGACGAUGUGAUGUCAAAGUUCCUGAAGGAAAAGACCGAACCGGAAAAAUCAGUCGAAUUUUUGUUGGAAGAUUGACGGAUAAAGUUGACGAAAAUUCACUUCGAACCGUGUUUGGAGAUGAAGCUAAAAGACUUAUUGAAACUGCAGUUGUAACUGAUGUAUUUAUUCCAAAACCAUUUCGAGGAUUUGCUUUUGUCACAUUAUCAAGUGUUGAAGCAGCUGAGAAAAUUGUUCGGUUAGUUUUCAAAAAAUUUUCAGGAAUUCGCGCAGGUCGUAAUCCAAAACAAUGUUUUCCAGACAAGGAACUCUUGUAGUAAAUGGCGUUUCAGUUGGUCUAAGUAUUGCGCAACCAAGAGAAGAAUCACAGUGAGUUUUUUCUAGAAUGCCCAUUUUUAUUUUAAAUAUUUUGUAGAUCUAUGGGACCCGAUUAUGGUCUUCCCGCAGGUUAUCGUAAUCGCCGUGAUCGAAUUCGAACAGAACGUCGAUCUCUACCAGAUCAGUAUAGUAGAAAUGAUUAUCCAUCAUAUGCAAGUCCUUCAAAUAAUCCAUCAACAGCGUAUUGGUCUCCAAAUGAGCAAAGAAGAUGGUAUUAA